UUUUUUUUUUUUUUUUUUUUUUUUUUUUUUUUUUUUUUUUUUGUCUUUUGCACCUCUGAUUCCCGAAGUGGCUCCGAAGUGGUGUUGCGGCUCCUCGUCCCCGGCGGAUCCGGAGAUUGGAGUCUCUGCACCGGUGGGAGUCGGAGGCGGAGCUGGAGCUCCGGCCACACCGCGGGCUCCGAAGAGCGGCCGCGUCAAGAGGAUGGUGCGGCUGGCGGCAGAGCUCCUGCUGCUGCUGGGACUUCUCCUCCUUACCUUACACAUCACGGUGCUGCGGAGCAACCCGCUGCCUCAAGGAAAUGCUACUGUGAGCCUGGAUCAGGAUACAACACUUUCAGAGCAAAACACCUUAAAUGCAAGAAGUAGGUCAUUCGCCCAGCUGGCUCCUGAAGACCGGAGGUCUGGUGCAGAGCACCGGCCAGCCCAUCAGCCUGCAACACUGCCUUGGGUGCAGGGCAGCAACGUACACAAGGAUGGUCCUGGGGCUUUCCUCCUGGAUCUGCAUAACUUUCCGGACCUCUCCAAAGCCGAUAUUAAUGGACAGAACCCCAACAUCCAGGUGACCAUUGAAGUGGUGGAUGGACUAGAAGGCCAUGAACCUGAGAGAGGACUACGCAAGGAGAGCAAGCCCAACUGGGCCUCCCCCAACUGGAGAAACUGGUGGCCUCACACCUCCUCCUCGUCCUCUCAUCAAACGGAGGAGCACGAUCGCUCCUAUGGGAGAAAAGCUGAGGACAGCAACUUUCUCAGGCCGCCGUCUGACUGGGACAGGAGAGGAAGCAAAGCUCAAACCGAAUACGACUACAUGGAUGGUGAAGGAGACUGGAGCAGCUGGUCAGCAUGCAGUGUCACCUGUGGAAACGGCAACCAGAAGAGAACCAGGUCCUGUGGGUAUGCCUGUACGGCCACAGAGUCCCGGACUUGCGACAUGCCCAACUGUCCAGGUUUUGAAGACGCCUUCAAGACGGCAGCUACUGAAGUGAGUCUGCUGGCUGGGAAAAAUGAAUUCAACGCCACAGAGCUCUUUGGUGUUGACACAGACAGCUGUGAGCGAUGGAUGAACUGCAAGAGUGAGUUCUUGAAGAAGUACAUGACGAAAGUGGCCAACGACCUUCCCAGCUGCCCCUGCUCUUACCCGACCGAGGUGGCGUACAGCACGGCGGACGUGCAUGACCCCCUCACGCGGCGCGAUUUCCGCUGGAAAGACGCCAGCGGGCCGAAAGAGAAGCUGGAGAUCUACAAGCCCACGGCCCGUUACUGCAUCCGCUCCAUGCUGACCCUGGAGUCGACCACGCUGGCCGCGCAGCACUGUUGCUAUGACGACGGCAUGAAGCUCAUCACCCGCGGCAAAGGGGCCGGCACGCCCAACCUCAUCAGCACGGAGUUUUCCGCAGACCUGCACUACAAGGUGGACAUCCUGCCCUGGAUUAUCUGCAAAGGAGACUGGAGCCGCUACAACCAGGCCAGGCCGCCAAACAAUGGCCAGAAAUGUCCAGAAAAUCCUCAGGAUGAGGAUUAUUACAAACAGUUUGAAGAAGCAAGGGAGUUCUAGGCCACUGUGCAGCUCAAACUAGACUCAGAGACUCGUGCAUCGUCACAAGUAGCACACUUGUCAUAAACUUGUCGUCCGUUUUUUUCUGCUUUGGUGACAAGUUCCGUUUUUAAAAGGUACUCUUAUAAUGUUGCUGCAAAAUGUUACUCAGAGUUGGUCACAAAAAGGGAGAAAUUUCUUCAUUUUCUUUGCUUAAAAGGGAAAGUUACUAUUAUAGAAACGUCAGUUUAGACCGUGUCCAAGUUUGUCUCUGUAGAUGUUGCAGUGAUAGAGACGCCCUCUCCCAGGAAUGUGUUGGUCAGAAGGGGGCCAAAGGACAGAGCGGCUCAGUUUUAAUAAUUUUCUGUGCAGGUUUUAUCCAUGUAAGCUUGUGGGUAUGAAUAUUUAGCAUGCACAUUUCUGUUUCGUUCAUGUACCUCUGUAAUAUCCUGUCUGUGAGGCAGUUCAUUGUAAAAAGCCUGCAUUAGUUUUGUAAAGUAUUUAUUAAAGUGUAGCUGUGAUUGUG